GACGGGCUCAGCUUCCGGUUGCAGACUCAGCUGACUGAGAAGUUGCUCUUGCCGUCACCGUUGUUAUUGUUGACGGUUUUGUGUGAUGCAGAGAGUCGCCUCCUCCGGCUGCUUAUUUUAUUGAAGUGACCAUGGAGCGGUACGGGACGGACACGGAGGGGGACGAGCAGGACACACCGCUGCUGCACAGAGGAACCGACAGAGUCCAAAGAGCCCCAGUUUGCUGUUCUUCACGCUACGGCCUGGCCCUGCUCUCCAGCUAUGGCUUCUUUGUGGUCUACUCUUUGCGUGUCAACCUCAGUGUUGCCAUGGUGGACAUGCUCAACAACACUCAUCACAGCAGCAUCAACCACAGCUCUUCAGUGUGUCCUGCCCAUGCUAGUCCAACACGACCCCAACAUAACCACACGGCCAGUGUAUACAACUGGGACUCUGAGACACAGGGUUGGAUCCUGGGCUCCUUCUUUUAUGGAUACAUCCUAACACAGAUCCCAGGCGGCUACCUAGCAGGCCGAUAUGGUCCCAAAUGGCUAAUGGGCUUUGGAAUUUUGGGAACUGUAGUUUUUACACUACUCACCCCUGUGGCUGCUGACCUGGGGGCCAGCUACCUCAUUGCUGUCAGAGUGUUUGAAGGGAUAGGAGAGGGAGUCACCUUUCCUGCAAUGUAUACCAUGUGGGCAGCAUGGGCCCCGCCUCUGGAGAGAAGUCGAUUGCUUACAAUUUCAUAUAUCGGAGCCCAGCUGGGGACGGUGAUAGCUCUUCCAGUGUCAGGUGAAAUCUGCUUCUACCUGGACUGGACCUACGUCUUCUAUAUAUUUGGUGCUUUUGGGCUGGUGUGGUUUGUCUUGUGGGCACUAUUCGUGUUUAAUUCUCCAAACACUCACCCACGGAUCUCGGAACGAGAGAGGCUCUACAUCACUUCGUCGCUCAAGAAUGAGCUGUCCACUUCAACCCACAUUCCUUGGGGAUCCAUAGUGACGUCCAUACCGCUUUGGGCCAUCGUUGUGGCUCACUUCUCCUACAACUGGACCUUCUACACCCUCCUCACCCUGCUGCCAACCUACAUGAAUGACAUACUGGGUUUCAGCAUACAGCAGAACGGUAUGCUGUCAGCUCUGCCUUACAUCGGCUGUGCAGUGUUGGCUGUGCUGAGUGGUCAGAUUGCCGAUUACCUGAGGGAAAGCUGCCAGUGUCCCACCGUCAGAGUCCGGAAGGUCGCCUCCCUUGUUGGUAUGAUUGGACCUGCAGUGUUCUUGGUGGCAGCAGGAUACACUGGCUGCAACUACACUAUGGCUGUGACCUUCCUCACCAUCUCGUCCUCGCUGGGUGGUGUAUCAGCGUCGGGUUUCAACAUCAACCACCUGGACAUUGCUCCCUCGUAUGCUGGUAUUCUGCUUGGAAUCACCAACACCUUUGCUACUAUUCCUGGCAUGGUGGGACCGGUAAUAGCAAGAGCUUUGACCAAAAAUAACACCAUAGAAGAAUGGCAGAUCGUCUUCUACAUCGCUGCUACCAUCAACCUCCUCGGAGCGUCUUUCUACACCCUGCUUGGCCAAGGAAAGGUGCAACCCUGGGCUGUCCAUACAUCAUACUCUCAUGGAGACUGAGGCAGGAAACUGAGCAAGAGUUGACCUUUGAAAUUUUAAAAAAAGAAACAGGCCUUUUCUGGUAUCUGCUAGUACCCCCAGCAUGGGUAAUGGAUUCUCAAUGAUAGCCAUGAUAUGUUUUAGGAUGUUCUUUCUUGUGGCUCCAGCCCAAGGAACAAAACUUCUUUCAAAAACAGUUUGGCUCUGAAUUUCUAUUUCACCUCCCAAAAUAUUUUGCCUUCAGAAAUUUUUCCAACACAAACAAUAACAGCAUUUAUAUCCACGAGAGAACAGAUAAUUAUUCAAAAGUCUGCUGUGGAUCUCGUGCUUUAACUGUAAAAAUGGAAAUCUAGUCCGUUAAUCACCAAAGCUGACCUUUUAAGAUGAAACUAGCUUAUAGCCACUGAUGCUAAUGUGUUGACCUCCACAAAUUAGGUAUAUGAUAAAAUACAUGAAUAGUUUUAGCUACUUAUUCCUUUUGUUUUUAGGUUUUCCUGUUAGCCAGCUCACUCAUCUCUUAAGGACAGAACUCUUGCAUCCAUUGCACUUUGUUUUCAGCAGAACUGCAGCAUACAUCUGGAGUUUUAUUGCCAUAAUAUCAGUUUACAUAUCUUUUUCAACAUGUCUGUAGAGUCUGGGAUUAACAAAAUCAAGCUACUUUGUAACAAUUAUAUAGUUGUUGCAAAUAGGUGUUUUAAGUGAUUUUAAAAAUGUCAUCAUGCCAGUCUACACAGAUUUAUGUGAGUGGUUUGGGAAAAGGCUUUAUAUUUAAGCUUCUUAAUGUGAUUUUUUUUUUUUUUUAAUUUUUAAUUUUCAUUGUACAUGUAAAUACAUGGAAACAAAGGGAGCAUUUAUUUGUAAUUAUUUGUAAUGUGAUGCAGGAAUUUUUCUAGUUUCUAGUCUUUUUCUAGUUGUGCCCAUCUCAUUGUUUUAUGUAAAUCUACAAUCAUGUGGAAAACACUGGUUAAUACAUGUCAUCAACUUGAAACACUAAGAAGAAAAUGGAAGGAAUCGGCUUUGAAUAUGUCCCUGGUGGACAAAGCCUCUAUUUUUACACAGGAUUUGCACUUUGUGUCAAUUCUCAGGUAUCUUUAAGACUGAAAAUAAUGUGCAUUUACUUUUUACAGAUUUGCUGAAACUACCACAGUGAAGCAUAUACCUUUAAGAUAUCAGCCUGAUUAUAUACACAAAUUGGCUCCUCAUACAGUCAGAAGCUAAAUUUGAAAAUGGCUUUUAGCAUUUUUAGAUUUUUACCAGGUUGCUCAAAGUAUCCUUGUCUCAAGUAUAGUAAUAUGUAGCAUAUUCAGUCAUACUGCACCUAACGUGUGUAAAAAAGGAAAUACACAAUUAAAUGUGAAAUACAAGCUAAACAUUUUAUCUUGAUUGUAAUUUCUGGCAACAAGUAGUUCCAUCGUCUCACCUUAUGAUGUAUUGCACUUGUGCCUUAUAUUACAUGAGCAUAAACAUGCACCAUAUCCUUGGGUCAUUCCAUUAGUUACGGUUUUUAUAUGUUGCUUUAAACAUUAAAGAAAAGGGAAACUUGUCUCUUACAUAAUCGGUAAUAAACUAUGUAAAGGGUAGCCUACUCAGUGUCAAAAAACCCCCCAAAACAAUCAAUCCUGGAAACAUUCCAGAAAAAUGUCUUAAAUCUGUUAUAUACUGUAAAUAUUUAGACAUGUUCCAUGCUUAAGCUAUGUCAUGUUAUGAAUUCAUCAUACUGUACAGUUGCUGUCAUAGCCUUGUUAAAUAAAAAGUGACCUUUGUUAAUGCA